AUUGGGGCACGAGAGAAUACACGACAGGUUGUGUCGGAAUAGUGUAUACUGAUGUGGCUAUAAAGUGUUAUGAGAAGUUAUUGGUGCAUCAAUGAAGAGAGACAUUUUAAAAGAUUCAAGGUUGUUCGGUUGAGUGGCUGCAAGGGAACGCAGGUUCUCGAACGGAUUAAGUAACGAAGACCCGUCCCCACGACGAAGCUUUCAUCGUUUACGAACGAAUUAACCCAGGUCGACGUUUGCGGAAGGAAUAAACCACGGUCUGGAGAGUGCAGUGACCGUUGACGGUACAACCGAACGCGACACAGAGGAUGUGCAAGGUCCGCUGGUGAGACAGCACCAGCUAAUGUCUUCCGGACGACACGGUCGCGUCACGACGGGCUGCGAGACAGAACCACCACGUGAAUGCCGCACUCAAACGAACCUUCGUUCCCGCCGGGCGAAUUAUUUUGGACCGGAAUGGAGCCCGUGAAAACCAAAAUGGCGGCCACGGGUAUGCCGCCGGUCACCGGUGUGCUCCAACCACCCACGGGCUCGACGCUGACAGGGUCCACGAUGUCGAGCCACAAGAAAAGCUGGUGGCGAAGAGUGGCCCCCUGCCUCGCCUUUCUCGCUGCUUUUUCCACCGCCAUGGCCUUGCUUCUCGUCUGGAGCGAAGCUGCAGCCUUGAGGAGGCAGGCGUUCGACGCGAACAUGACCAGGGACUACGUGUUGAACAGCGUCUCGAUGGACAAUCCAGAAUUGGUCGCGUACAUCAGGGAGGUCCAAUUGAAGUCCACCACCCAACAGGACCCGUUGAACGCGACACAGACCACCGAGGAGAAGUACGUGGCCGGUUUGACAGAGGGGAAACGCGAGGGUGUCUACGUGGAGUACAUUAGCAGGAUAGGAGCUGUUUCCAGCACAGGCUGGCUCGAACGGAACCUUAGCUGGCGGGGUGUUCUCGUGCUGACCGAUCCUAGAAGCUUCUUCGAGGCUCAUAGGAGCACGAGGAACUCGAAGACGAAGGUUCUACAUGCUUGUCUUAGCACCGAUAAGGAUACCAAAGAGAUUACUUAUCACCAGGAGUCUGAGGUCCAAGUUACCAAACUGGGGGAGGGUCCAAACAGUUUAGUGUCUUCAGACGAGGGUCUACCGACAACAAGAUUGAAAUGUUUCCCUUUAUACAGCGUCCUGUUGGCUUACAGCGCCACCACGUUGGACUAUCUGAGUCUGGAUAGUCCAGACGCCCAAGACGGCCAGGUGCUCGACACGAUUCCCUGGGAGACGACGAGAAUAUCCGUUGUUUCCAUACGCUGGAGUCCUCAUCACAGCGAGCUGGAGACGAAGACUCUGAUCGAUAAGAUGACUAGCAGACGAUACAAACUGAUGCACACCACAGACACCGGGAAGCUGAUCUUCAUGUACAACGCGUUGCUUAAGAUUUGAACAUUGACUCAGACUAGCUUUCAACACUGGACCGUUCUACGUCCCCUAGGACAUACAAGGAGAUCGUGACGAGAAACGAUAUUUCACCGUGAGAAUCGAGGAUCGUUCGAUCACAACGGUGUACCCCACCUUCAUCCAGCGACCAAACGAUUGCAAUUGUCACGGGUGCAAUCCCGUUUUCGUCCCUGGAAGACCACAUCCGUGCACCAUUCGAACGUAUCUUCAAUUUCCGGACGAAAUACGUUCCUCUUCCAUCCCUCCGACAAGGAUCGUAGAAUAAGUCGAGUUUAUCCGUAGAUCGCGACGAAUUUCUAGUUUCGCCCGUUUACAAUUUCCACUUUUUGUCGAGAGGUAAUCGACGAUAUCAGUUUGUUCUUUUUUUUUUAAGUUCCCCGUCGGCGCCGAUUUAACGGACACGUGACAAAAGGACUGAGAUCUGUUUCUCACGCGUAACAAAGGCGCCCGUAUGUAUUUAGUCUCCCCGCGGACCGGAAGUUCCGACGCGUGUGUCGGAUCGAUCUCGAAUCUCGCUUUCUUUCCCGCGUUAGGGCUCGCGCACGCCUUACGGAAGUGAACCAAAAAAGAAAACAAGAAAGGGAAACCGAAUAAAAAGGAUGUGGAGAGAGAUGAUCGUGGGAGAAACGCGAGAAGUGGUGUUUAGUUUCGUACUUCGUAUUUUAGCCUAGGUUCCGUUUUAAUGUAGUAGCGGUUAAGCCAGCGUAGACACCCGGGACGUUUUUUUUUUUACGAACGAUGUAGAUUUCUUUUAUUUUUGAUUUUUUUUUUGUCAACAAGCGACAGCCAUGCGGUUCGACGUACCCUUCCCCCUCCCCCGAACCGUUAAGAUACUCUCUGUCGUGAAACCGAGCUGUCGCAGUGAUAAUGAGUUACUCUGAUUACCUACAC